UGAGCAAGUUUUUUCUUUGGUCACGUAUUUUUUCGGCGCUUGUUACGGGUGUUUGUCGCCAACAAUUACCUUCCAAAAUGGUACUUUGACGAUAGGAGUAAUGACGGGAAUCAAGAAAGGGGAUCCAAAGGCGGAGCUUGCAACGGAGCAGCCGGAUAGUUGUGCUGAGAAGGUACACGCGACGAGUGUUUUUGGACAAAAUCGUCGAAACCGGAGCGUGCCGGCUGCUCUUAGCACUAUCGCGGACCCGUCCAUUGAAGCCUGUCAGGCAGACAAGAAAGGAGGAACGAAUGAUACUGAGCCAUCAGUGGACCCUUCGAUAAUCAAACUAUUCAGUCGAAUGACUGUUGGGUUCAGAAGACAGUUAGUAUCCCCAAGACCCAAGCCAUUUCGUAAUACCCGACUGACGUGGAAAGAAAAGUUACGACUGAAUAACGGAAUAUGGAGAGCAUGGCAUCUACAGUUUAUAGAGAAGAAAGACCCGAUUGUUGGACAGUUUGUAGCCCCAUUGACAGAUGAACAUGUUACCCGGAUAUCGUGGCAACAGGCCGAUGUGCUAGAAGGAAAAUAUUGGAAACAAAAACUUGAGAAAACAGUUGCUGAUUACAGAAAUUGGAGAUUGUUUUCUACUGGGGGCGAGAGAUGUGCUUAUCAAACCUUAGUGGAGGAAGUGGGUGGUAUCAACAUCCAUCCGAACAAUAGAGAUGAUGUGCAUGUUUUACACCCCCCUCCCUCACCUAUGCCUGCAAGUAUGUUAUCAAUGGAUGAUAUUCCACUGCCAAAAAGAAACUUUGAGGAUACAUUAUUUACAAGUCUUCGUAGAGAACACUAUACGUUUCCAAAUCCUAGGGAAAUUGCCAAAAAAACGCAGAAUGCCGACAUUAUACAACCAGGAUUGUUACAACUACAGCCUGACUAUCUGGACAAGUUGGAUUUUAUGGACACAUUAGAUUCUCUACAAGGCUCCUGUGGGUUUGACUCUUUGCAAGAAUACCUAAUUCCAUGUAACAGUAGGAGUCCUCCUACGAGCGGUAGCUUUUUAUUUUCAUCUGGAAUGCCAGAUAAUUUAUUGCAACGACAAGACUGUGUUCAGCCUGUGGUGCACGAUUCUGCCUCUGUGCAAGGAUUAUUGAAUUUACAGAGUCGUGGUGACAUUCCCAUGCAGAUGGAUCAGUUUGACAGUUUAGUAUUGACCACCACGUCGCAAUCCGUGAAUCACAUAGGUUUUCAUUCGGUUUCAUCGCAGUCUGGUCAGCAAGAGAACCAACACAAUUAUGGUCAGAAUUUGUUCCCGUCUUUCCGCAGUGCUGCGUUCCAGAAUCAUACUACAGUUCAAUCAUUACAUAUUGUACAAGGCGGCGGUGACGACUUCAUGAGGGUUCCUGAGGUGGUGGAAGAGGAAGACGAGGACUUGAAGCCGCUCAUGUUUUCAGCACCAAUGACCACGGACGAUGAUAUUCAGUUUCCAAUGACACUUGACAAUCCCAUGGUUACCUCACAGGUGUUACAAAAUCAGGAUAAUGUCAACAUUAUGCAUUGGACUGCUACGUCUAUGGCUCAAGAUCAGGUUUCAGUGUCGUCAGCGUAUCAAGCUCCUGUCGCGUCGGUCUCCGCAACACCUGUGGCAUCAUAUACACCAUCCAACUCAACGUCACAUCGGACAACACCAGCAUCCUCGCAUGGAGGAUCUAGGGCUCAUUCCAGACAUCAUUCUUUGACUAAUGAUCCAACAGAUCAGGGCGUGCUCCACGAAGCAAUCUCGCACUUGUUGCAGCAGACUGUCACAUGUGAGGCAUCAGUGAUGCAGCCCACUGCUGUUAACUCCAUCUCCUGUAAUUAUCAGCCAUUUACUAGCAACUCAUCACUUACUCCACAACAACAACCUCCGCAGCCAAAGCUGCAACAACAACAGCAGCAACAACAACAACAGCAGCAGCUUCAUCAGCAGCCGCAUAAACAACAAAAACAUCAUCAGCAACUUCACAGUAGUACCAGUUCUAGGCUUAGUCCAGGUCCAUCUGGAAACAUUUCCAGUCAGAACCCGGUGUCUCCUGUUUACAGCACUCCUCCUCCAAAUAGCCCUUAUGCAGCAUCACCGUACAGUACCACACAGAGCUCACCUUACAACACAAAUCAGAGCUCGCCUUACAAUACUGUACACAGUUCUCCAGCCCCUUCACCACAUCUAUCCAGGCGAUCCAGUACUGAACAGAGUCCCAUGUUACUCAUGGAACUUGGUUCAUCGCACAAAGUUGGGAAGGAGAAUGUCACAUCACCAACACUAGAACAAAUGCAGUACGUCAUGGAACACAGCCAUAUUUCAUCACAUGCGCAGUCAGAAAUUGAGCAGUCAAAGCAAAGACACAGUGUGGAUAGAAGUCCCAGUACUAGUAGCUAUGGUAGACAGACUCCAGAAAGUCCUGGUUCGGACUCCAACUCCUUCAUAUUGCAGAGUCCUCGACAGAAAGUAAGCAGGUCAGUGGAGCAGACAGGAUCGUUCCCGUCAUCACAGUCGACAAGUCCAAUUGCCGAGAAACCAUUCAGAUAUCCUGCAAAUUCACAAAAACAAGAUGCAAGCCCAUAUAUCAAGUCGGAGGUGAAAGGUCACAGGAAGCUUAGUGCUCAGUCAGUCCGAGAGAGGGAAUGUAUGGCCAACCCUGUCUCUAUCUCGGCGUCGGAACAAGCAUCAGCUACAUCUAGUGCCGCCUCUUCACCUGGCAGUAGUUAUCAGGAUGCUCUCGAAGGAUUUGAGUUUUCUCAACCGAAAGCUAAACGGCACAAAAAGACCACUACAGCACAAGAUGAACAAGAAAGGGUCGAACGUCGUAGAUAUAGGCACAGAACAUCUGAAAUCAAACGACGUAGCAAUAUCCAGGCUGGAUUGGAUGAAAUGCAAAAAGUGCUCGGUCUUGGUGAUACCGAAGCUGGAGAUAGUCGAGUCAGUCUAGCGGUUAUGCUGCAAAAAGCUACAGAUACCAUUAAGCAAUUGAAGAGAGAAUACAGUCAACAGAAAGACGAUCAAGAUAAACUAAGGAGUGAAAUUGAGACUCUGACUGAGGAAAUGAGUGUGGUUCAGGAUCAGCUGCCAGAUACUGGUGUUCCGGUACCAACCCAAUCUAACGAUGAAGCUUUACAAGAUGAACUGGAUGGAUAUAUCCAGGAAGAGUCACAAAAGAACUGGAAAUUUUAUUUGUUUGGUUUAAUACACCGGCCGUUGUUUCAGUCAUUCAGAGAGACAUUGUCAACUGUGACAGAAGAUAAAUUUGAAGAUGGUGUCAAGGAUUGGUUAGAUAAUGAAUGUAAACUACGCAAAAUCAGACCUGUUGUGACGACCGCAUUAAGAAAGUUCAGCUCCAAGACAACUGUGCUGUCUGACCCGUCUGACCUUCCACAACAAGCGCAGCGAGCAGCAUCUACCAUGUUGCAAGAAAGAAAGCAAAAGAACAAAGAUAUUAAAAAAGAAGACUUAUCAUAGUGCAAUUUUUACAGAUAUUUUUUAUCAAGACAUUUUUAAUGGGUCAGGUCCUUCAAAUUGGUCUUUCUAGUUUUCAAAGUUAAGUUAUUAUUUGUUAACAGUUUCAGAAAAAUAGUAUAUUUUCAUUUGAUCAAUUAAUGGAAGUGAAAGAUGAAUUUCAUUUCCCCUAAUUUAUUGAAAUUUUGUAAAUGAUUAAUCUUAAGAAAAAAGGAAAUGUGUUUUACUGAUGCACCCUAAAUUAAAAAAAAUUUAAUUUUGUUGUUGUUGCAUAUUUGUUCUCUAUUUGCUUCACAUCUUGUGAGCCCCACAAUCUUUAUGUUAAUUUAAAAUCUAUUUAUAUCAACCAUCAUCUAAUCCUCUUAGCAGGCUUGUUAAGAAUCUAUGUGCUUUCUGGGAUUCAACGGAUUGAACUGUCUAGAAUCAACGGCUGAUUUAUCUGAUUAGCCAUGCAAAUGUCAGUUGUCAUUUAUUGACCCUUUUACAUAAACGCACAACAUGAAUGGUCAAUUUAUCUCAUUAGUGAUGCAAAUUUAUUUAAACUUAAUGUAUUGACACCUCCACAAUAAAUGCCUAGGAUCAAUAGCUGGUUUAUCUUAUUAGUCAUGCAAAUAUAUUCAAUUCUUGCAUAAUACAGGCUGAAUUCAUUGGAAACAAGGGAAGUCAAAAUACUCUCCAUUCAUUGGCCACUUAUAAUCACAUGAUCUGCAGAUCUUUGACAUAGUUAAAUUUAUUUUGAAGGCAUUUUUCAAUUAACCUUAGAAAGCUCAUAGAUUCUAGAUUAGGCCAGACUUUUAUUAUCCCUUGUUUCGCGA